AUGAACCACGUCGCUCUCCUUAUUGUUGUUCUCCAGCUUUGCGGAACCAACGUGGAAGGAAAGUUUGUGGAUGCAACUGUAAAACUUACUGAGAAGGUGAAACUGGAAUGCAUAUAUCCAAACAAAGCCGUGAUAAUCCAGACAUCCUGGAUGAAACUUAAUGUAACUCAUAAAGAAAAUAUAGCUGUCUUGCAUCCAAUUUAUGGGAUACAUAUAGAAGACAAAUACAGUGGAAGAAUUUAUUUUGAAAAUGCUUCCAGGGAAGACAAGUCCUUAUCCUUCAUCAAGAGCACUUUGGAGGAUGUUGGUCUUUACUUUUGCUCCAUUGUAACAUACCCAGAUGGAGUUUGGGAAAAGGUAAUAGAAAUUAUUCAGCCAGCUGAUGCUUUUGAAGUAUCUGAGAAACAAAAUAAUCCUGUGUUUACCAAGCCAGGAGGAAAUGUCACUUUUACUUGCCCCUAUAAAAUUGGAGAUUCAGUCCAGCAAGUGAUGUGGGAAAGGAUUAAAGCAGAUCAGGUAGAUACCAUUGCUCUGUGCAGCUCAUCAGGAGAGCAAAGCCUUCGUUCAGAUUUCAAAGAGCGUACACUGGUGGAUUGCUCUGAUCAGGCAAACUCGAUGAUCGUCAUUCAAAACAUUACCGCCUCUGACUUUGCAACGUACCGCUGCGUAGCUACUGGAAGAAACAAAACCUAUGUGAUGAGUUUUACUGUGGCUGCAACUUGGGAUCUCAAAUGGUUUAUCAUCUACAUAGCUGGAGGAAUUUCUGCUGCUGUCUUACUGUUAUUUUUCCCACUGAUCUUCUGCAUCACCACUGCUUAUCACAAAAAAAAGAAGAGGAAGAGGAUCAUAGAGGCCUUAUCAAAAGCUUUGUACUCUACUCUGAGGUGUGGAAGAUUCAAUUCUCAUGGCACAUGGAACACAGAAAGAAGAGAAGAAUCAUCAUUCAGGCAGACAGAGGAGAUUUACGUCAACUGCAAUUUACGUCUCACAAAAACCUAA